CUCGCAGCAACAACAGCUCUCAAAAUAWUUUCCACAAUACKUUAAAUCUCUGUUUCACUCAAAUAUAUUUUGUUUCAUAAAUUUCUUACGUAGUUAAYUGUUUCUGACAGACRCGCGAUGCCUUGCUCAGUGUCCAUUUUUGAAUCAGGCUCAAAUCGCUAUCGGCCCAAUGUGCGCAUUGGCAAUUGGUUUGAGGACAACUGCUUGGAGCUGGACAAGAUGGUCAGCUUUCGCAAGAUGCGAGAUCGCGGCGAGCUGCUGGUGGAGAAGGCCCGCACGCUGUUCGACAACUUCCAGCGGGAGGUGCAGCUGGCGGCGCCGAAGCACGACAUAACAAUCGGHGCGACGAUCCAGCUGAUGCCCAUCUACAUGAACAUACAGGACCUGGACACCUCAGAUGUGCAUCCAGCCCUGUCGGUGGUCAUCAACGAGUACGCCAUUCGCACCAGCCAGACCAUCAACGAGGACUGCGAGCUCACUGUGGCGCCGUCGGAACGGCCCUGCGUGCGCAAUUCGUUUCGCAUUGUGAGCGGGGACGACAAGGAUCGGUCGGGCGAGAAGCUGAAGUACGGRCAGCGCUUCAGGCUGGAGUGUGUCGAGCCGACGAACGAUCCCAUCCUGCUCUACAGCGCGCCCAAGCUGAGCAACCUCACGCAGGCGAUUAAGACGACUUUCGACUCGAGCAAGCACGGGGAAAUCAACUUGCCCUUGGGGCUGGUGCAUCGCAGCAGGAUUUUGUGUCCCGAUGGCGACAUACCCACGGCAUUCACCAACUGGUACUGCAUGCACGUCGAUCCAUACAAACGCUUCGAGAGCGAAGGCGAGACGGUGCCCGUGAGUAGAUAA